AUGGCUGCACAGCAGAGAGAAGAAGAAAUAGCAGCAGCCAUACGCAGACUUUCCGUCCGAGAACGGGCACAAGAUGAGCCGUUGACCCUAACACCACAGGAGUGGAAGAGAUUCAUACGAAUGUCGGUUCCACGAGAAGGCAGGUGCGGGUACCAGCCGCCACCAACCCGGGAGGCAAGCAGGGCCCCGGAGAGGAAGGCCACCCGACCAAGUCGGGUGCAGACUCCGGUCAGGAGGCCACCACUGGCCAUGCUGACGCCGCCCAAGCGGACGCCGGCACCGCUGGCACCAGGAGACCGGGCACCAAGAUCACCGGCCAAGAGGGCCGCGGCGGCAGCAUCCCACGCGGUCGAGCAGGGCAUGGGCAAUCCGGCACCAACACACCGGGAAGCAGCCAGGAUGACGGCAGAAGCGGUCGUCAACGCGGCUGUAGCAAAUUACUGCCGGCCGCCAUCCCCCACACCGAUACAAGCACCGACGCUGCUCCCCGCCCGUACCGUGGAUCCGAAGGAUCCUACGAACACCACUCCCUACACCCUGACGGACGGAACCACCGCCAGACUAUGUAAGGGUGUCAGACGUCAUCGGUUCACCAGGAACGGCCGCCGAUGGACCAUUAACACAGACCACCGUGGCAACGUAGUCCGACCACCAAUCCCUCCAGUGGCUCCAGAAAAAUCGACAACCCCUCCGGCCGCCUCGCGCGCGGGCAUUGGAGCUUCCAGCAAUACGACUACGUCAUCAAGUACCGUCGGGGAAGCGGAAAACACAGUCGCGGAUGCCCUAUCAAGGCAGACCGCCGUAGCGGCCAUAACCCGCACCAAAUGCCGGUGGUACACCAGCCGAGUAAAAGAAACGCACGAAAACCCCGAAAACACACCCGACUACUGUAUCAGGGACGGGCGACUAAUACCGCCACAGUCUCCAUCGCCUGGACCACAACGACGACUCGGACAGCUGGAAACUCUGCAUCCCCAAGGAAGAGCGAACGGCUAUCCUAUACGAAAACCACGACAAGCCAACAGCGGGCCACCUAGGAGUCGCCCGAACAAUCGCCAGACUCGCUCAAAAAUUUACUGGCCGGGCAUGUUCACCGACACAGCAAGUACGUGCGAGCAUGCACAACAUGUCAGGCCUAUAAGGUACCAGCAACAGCAGCCACCCGGGCGUAUGCUCGCCCUAGCCGCCACCAGGCCGGCGCAGAUCGUCAGCGCGACCUCGUCGGAACCGCUCCCCCGAUCAGCAGAGGGCACACCACCCUACUCGAUCAUGCAAGACAAGUUUACGAAAUGGGUCGAAACAAAGCCACUAGAAAGGCAACCGCCCAGCCAUCUCCGGGCAUUCAAGGAGCAGGUGAUACUAAGGCAUGGCUGUCCAGAUACCGUCGUAACCGACAACGGACGCAGUUCAUAA